CCGGAAUAUCUCGUGGUGCUACGUCAUUUCCGCUGACGUCACAACGGUCACGUGACAUCGUUUGCUGGCGCCAAUUUGCAGUCUUCUUUUGGACAUGGAGCAAGACAGAAGGAGGGCUACAGCUAUGACCCGUGCUGAGAUGGUCUACAUGGUGCAGAUCCUGGAGAAACAUGAUUACGAUGGCAGAAAAGCGGUAUAUCAGCAUGCUAAUACCAGGAAAGAUGGCAUACUCUCCAAAAUUGUUGAAGGCUUGAACAGUAGAUUUCGAGUGCUGCGAACUAAAGACCAACUCAGAAAGCGAUGGUCAGACCUGAAACUGAGGGAGAGAGAACAACUCAAUAUUAUUCACAGAAUAAUAAAGAAAAAACAAAUCAAGAAAGCAAGAGCUCUUGCCAAAAGAAACCGAAGACAACCAAGUGAGGAUUCUGCUAUAGACCUCACAGACAGCACAGCAGACGCCCCAGCAGAAGUGGCUGAAGUGGCACAGGUGACAGAGGGCUUUUUGGGUGGAAAUCAGGAGGAUAUUACAGAAGAGCCUCACAGCUCCUCGCAAGACACCCUGCCAAUUUCAGAUGUUGAAGUUGCAGUUAGUACACCACAUAAAAAAAUGUUGAAAAAAACCCAUUACCAGACCAAACUGAGGAGCUGCAUUGAGAGCUUACAGUGUGCGAAGGAAGCCAUACUAUUACUUCAAGAGCAAAUCACUGGUUUGAUUGAAGAAAUGGAGAAUGACACAGAAUAAUUUUUUUAUGUAUUCUUUAAAUGUGUUCAGAAACGUGUUCAAAAUGUCUUGUUUUAUCCUAAAUAAUUGGUUGUUUGUAAUGUAGAGCAAAAUAUCUGCAUACAGUGUGUGUUGCCUCCCAGUUGCUCAUGCAGAGCCUGCAGCAUUUGGUUCC